GUAGUUGGCAGUUGGUUUGAGUAGUAUAACCCCCGUUUUCAUUGCCACUGCCCUGUUUGCCUCUCCUUUCUAACUGUCAGCCGCGAUCUCUUCUCAUUCAUCAGAACUAGAAGCCAAAGCAAAAAGUGGUUUAAAUCCCACCGGAGAAAAUGUCAAAUGCGGCGGUCUACACCUCUUUAGCUGCCACUUUCGUCCUCCUCACUAUCUGCUUUCUCGCCAUCCAAACAGACAACCAUAGCGACUCCAAGCCUCGCAGACCCGGCCGUCGUUUGGGCUACAAAAUCCCGCCCCCAAUUUUCGACCCUCUCUUCGUAAAAAUCGAGAAAUUGUCCAAAGAGAAAGGCCUGGACAAUCAAAAGAACCGACUGUCCGACGAGCUCGACCAAGAAGACGUGGAUGAAUAUUUACGCCAAGGGGGGGAAAUCAACGUAACCCUAAGGUUGAUUCAUUUGUUUCCGUUGGUCGACGUUGCGCCGAAGGACGGAUAUGUGGAUUCGAACGAGCUUCAAGCUUGGAUUACGCAGCAAGCGAACGAUCGACUGACUUACAGGACGCAGAGAGAGUUGGAAUCGCAUGACAGGGAUGGAGAUGGGGCGAUUUCUUUGCGCGAAUAUCUGCAUAAUGUCCCUGAUGAAGAUCUGGAGAGAAAUGAGAUGGGGCAUGGAGAACCUGGAUGGUGGAGGGAGCAAUUCAGAAAUGCUGACACUGACAAGAAUGGGAUUCUCGACUUCUAUGAAUUUAAAAAUUUCCUGCAUCCAGAGGACAGCAAUGUUGAACAGAUUCAUAACUGGUUAUUGACAGAAAAAAUAAAGCCAAUUGACCAAGAUAAUGAUGAGAAACUCAACUUCGAAGAGUUCAAAAAUGGGGCUUACGACACCUACAAGAAUUAUGUUGAACUCGAACAUGGAGAAGAAACCGUCCCUAACCCAGAAGACAUGUUUGCCAAGCUUGAUCUGAACAAUGACAAAUUUCUGAAAAUAGAAGAGCUGAAACCCAUACUCCGAUACCUUAGCCCGGGAGAACUUUCCUAUGCUAAAUUCUACAUGAGUUAUUUGAUUCACCAGGCCGAUGAAAAUGGAGAUGGGAAACUAACUCUGGAUGAGAUGAUUAAGCAUGAAUACAUCUUCUACAACACAGUCUAUGAGGAUGGCGUCGAUAAUUAUGGUGAUGAUGACUACUAUGAUCAUCAUGAAGAACUUUGAAAGGAUGGAACCUGCAAAUUUUGGUUGUUGAUCAGCAGGCUCCUGUUACUGUUGAGGGCAAAAGUGAGGAGCAAAGAGAAUCUAAAAGCAGAAAGAAGAGGGGGCUAGCCUUUGAAAGUAGAUAUUUCCUUUGGAGUUAAAAGUGAAUAGUUAGCCUAAACAAGUGAUCUUUCUUCUUGAUUUAGAUGAUGGUAAUUACUAGCUCAAUUCAUUUUAGACCUUCAUUUAUUCAUUCUUUCAAUUUAUUAAGUAGAGAUUUUUUAUUGAGUUGACAAGUGAUCUUUCUUCUUGAUUUAGACAAUGGCAAUUACUAGCUCAAUGAUAAUUUUCUCCUCUUCUAUUUGA